AUGCCGGCGUCACCGCUCUUUGGUGGGACAUCAUCCCCAAUCAAUCACGAAACAGGGCUUCGCCGUUCACGCUUCACCUACCGGCAAUUAUCGCAGCUUGCCUCAUACAACACGUCGAACCCACUACGCGUAAUUGCCCACAUUGACCUCGAUGCAUUCUACGCUCAGUGUGAGAUGGUCCGCCUCGGCGUUCCCAGAGACCAGCCACUUGCUGUCCAACAAUGGCAAGGGCUGAUUGCGGUCAACUACGCUGCCCGGGAGGCGGGGAUCAAUCGUCACUGCCAGGUUACGGAGGCGAAGAAGCUGUGCCCCAACUUGAUCGCGCAGCAUGUGGCUACUUGGAGAGAGGGCGACGACAAAUGGGCCUACCGCGACGACGCGGCCGCCAAUAUUGCCAGCGACAAGGUGUCUCUUGAUCCUUACCGGCUGGAGUCGCGCAAGAUCCUGUCUACCAUCAACGCUGCGCUGCCUCCCGACCAAAGACGGGUCGAGAAAGCCAGUAUCGACGAGGUGUUUAUGGAUUUGUCGGCGCAGGUGCACUCGAUUCUCCUCAAACGCUUCCCGGAGCUUUCCGGCCCGCCUCCUUACGAUGACCCAACGGAGAGAUUGCCCAUGCCACCGACCUCAGCUCUGGACUGGGGAGAGGACGCGCUCGUGGGGCUGGACGAGGACGAGGAGGCUAUUGAUCCAGACUGGGACGACGUGGUCACCCUCAUCGGGUCAGAGAUCAUCCGCGGUGUGCGGGCUCGUGUCUGGGAGGAGCUCGGCUAUACCUGUUCAGGAGGCGUUGCAUGCAACAAGCUCUUGAGCAAGUUGGGCUCGGCCUUCAAGAAGCCCAACCGGCAGACCGUCGUGCGAGGGCGAGCGAUCCCCGCGUUCCUACAAGACAUGAAAAUCACCAAGAUGCGAAACUUGGGCGGCAAGAUGGGGGACAACGUGGUGUCCACAUUCAACACUGAAAGCAUCGCGGAACUUUUGGAGGUCCCGUUUGACACAAUGAGGCAAAAGCUUGGUCAUGAGACGGGCACGUGGAUAUACAACACUAUCAGAGGGGUGGACACGAGCGAAGUGAACUCGAGAAUGCAGAUCAAGUCUAUGCUGUCUGCCAAGUCCUUCCGCCCCAGCAUCAACACCGUUGACCAGGCCCUGAAAUGGCUACGGAUCUUUGCGGCCGACAUCUUUGCCCGGCUGGUAGAGGAAGGAGUGUUGGAGCACAAGCGCCGCCCAAAGUCGAUCAACCUACAUCACCGCCAUGCAGGCCAGACGUAUUCUCGCCAGGCUCCAAUCCCCCCAGGUAGCGCAAUAGACCAAGACCUCGUGCUCAACCUGGCGAAGAACCUUCUAGAUCAGAUCAUCUCCGAGCACAGGGUAUGGCCAUGCGCCAAUCUGAGUUUGAGCGUGGGCGGGUUUGAGGAGAGUGUGAAGGGUAACAUGGGCAUCGGUGCGUUUCUCGUCAGGGGUGAAGAGGCCGAAGCUCUGAAUGCUGCUGCGUCCGUCAGCCACCCUCCCCCGACUGCAGCUGCAACUCCAACUGCAGCCGAGCCCGACCGGGCAUCCAAGAAAGCUCGGGUUGAAAAGGCAGGAAUUGCGCGUUUCUUCACGAAGCGCCCGCCUGGCGACUGUAUAAAGGGUGGUGACGAGCCUGCAUCCCGCACACCAGAGACCAAUCACGCUGGAGCAUCGGAAGCCAGCUCGUCCAGCGAGGGUAUCCCGAAGGAUGACACGGGUGACGAGCAAGCCCUGGCUGCAGGAGUCUCUUGCUCUCGGUGUAGCAGGCGCUUUGAUGAUGUGGAGGAACUGCAGACUCACCAGGACUGGCACAUGGCCAAAGACCUGCAGGAUCAAGAACGUGUCGCUCCUGUAUUCGCCAGUCGGCCGGCGAAUUCACGUAGCUCAACCCCAAACAGCUCAGACGGGCCAGGCAGGCAGUGGCCAAAGGGGAAGCUCGAGCCAGGACAGAAGCGCCUCCGGUUUGGCUGA